AUGAAAAUUCUACGAAGAUUGGUUUCUAAAAAGAAAAAGAGAUAUGAAGAUCCAGAGAACGGAUUUGAUCUUGAUUUAGCUUAUAUAACGCCUAACAUUAUUGCAAUGGGCUAUCCUUCACCUGAUUUUGAGAAGAUUUACCGUAACCCAAUGUCAGAAGUGCAACGAUUCCUAGAGACUCGACACAAAGAUAAAUACAAGUUGUGGAAUUUGUGUGCAGAGAGAACCUACGACAAGUCGUGUUUUCAUGGAAGAGUAGAAGAUAGGUAUCAGUUUUAUGACCACGAAGCUCCAAAGUUUGAAAUUUUAAUCCCUUUCUGUAAGAGCGUUCAUGAGUGGCUGAGUCAGGAUCCUGGAAAUGUUGCAGUUAUCCAUUGCAAAGCUGGAAAGGGAAGAACGGGUGUUUGUAUUUCAUGCUACUUGUAUUAUUCUCAAUUUUUGCCUACAGCCAAAGAAUGUCUUGAUUAUUAUGCCAGAGCUAGAACCAAGAAUCACAAAGGUGUGACCAUUCCAAGUCAGAGAAGAUAUGUGUACUAUUUAGAAAAAGCAUGUUUGGAAAAUGCAAGUAGGGCAAAGAGAUCCAUUGGUAUUGUAGAGACAACAAGCAGUGACAGUAUACAGAGUAAUAACGAAGACAGCGUUGCUGCAAGUAGUUUAAAAAAGACUCAUUCAGGUGGUUUAUCGCGUGCCAAUGAGAGUACAAGCACCAUUUCAGAAUUGACAACGACUGAAAAGAAAGACCCUCCCAUUCCAACAUCGUUAUCGUUUAUAUCUAUAUUUGCUCAGUUGAGUGAUUCUGAUAUUUUGUUCCCUAAUUCUAAUCCUUCCUUAAUAUUACAAUCUCUUACCCUUUCACCGGCUCCAGUAAUAGCUGGUUAUAUUAAUAUGGAGAUUUUGGAUUCCAAUUUUAACGUAUUGUAUGACCACAAGAGCAAAGAAAGAAAUGGCAUCACCUAUAAGACUACCGAUUCAUCGGUCCAAUUCAAAUGUAAUGUACCAGUGAAUGGAGAUUUUAAAAUAGUUGUAAAAAAAGAAGAAGAGAGGCAAAUUUGUGAAAUUCUUUCACUUUUGGAUUAA